UUGCUUUGAGUCGAAAGCCAUACAAUGCGCCAUUUCGUUUUGAAACUUUUCCAAAUCUAGAACAAAAUUCUAAAAUCUAAAGACUUUGCGCACUUCUAAUAAAAAAGCUCACCAAGAAUGGGUUGCCGGUUUAAUCCUUUUUAUGUAGGACCCGAGCCACCCAGCUGCACCACAGAUCCGAAUUCGAAGUGCGAUUGCCCGCCGUGCUCCCCGGACACUGGCUACCAGGAACCGCGGCCCGUCUACGACGACUGCGUGAAGGACGUUUCCAAGAAGGAGACCAAAGAAAAGCAAUGCAAUCCGCCGUGCAAAGAUUGUCCGAAAGCCGAGAAAAGUUCAAAGAAGGGUCCUCCGGAAGAAAAGGAUAAAAAACCGAAGUGAAGUUCAUGGAUUUGUGCAGAGUUUUUAAUCAGGAAAACAAUAAAAUUUCGGCAAAAAAACUGCAAACACGUUUAAUAAUUUUCUUUAAAGAUUAAAAAGAGCUGUGGAAAAUAA